AUGGAAACCAAGAGCACAGCCAAAGGAGUCACUCUGUAUCGCGAACGUUUUCGUUUCGGAACAGCGAGCUCGCCCGAAACCAGAUCCGAAUUUCACGAUUUGGACCCAACAGUCGUGACGUCUGACGCAGUUCCGUUGACAGACUCGGCCUACAGUACAAAAGCACAAAUACCAACGACUGGUGAGCCCGCAAAUCAGCACUACACACACACCACGAUGUCCACGAUGUCCAUGGAGCCCAGAUCACAAGUAGCUGCGCUCAACGCGUUCCCACCAGCCAAGAGGCCGGCCAGACCCGCUGCGAGCACGGGAACCUCGUCUUCCUCGUCGUCGUCGUAUAGGGCCGACCCCAGACGUUUGUCCUCGGAGGAGAUCAUCAACGAGAUGGAAAAGGAGCAAGACGCCAUUGUGGUGCGACUGCUGCGCGAAAUAGACCAGCUCAAGGACGAAAAUAACCGUCUGCGCAAAAACCUAUAUGCUGUCCUCAACAGCGACCCACACACUCCAGCUCACUCUGCAAACACGCUCCCAUACCUUUCGAGACGUUCGUCGAUCAACAGCAACAGCAGCAGCGGCAGCAGCACCAGCAACCCUGCUGCAAGUCACAGCAACAUCAACAUCAACACCAACACCAACGGCAGCAGCACAAAUGCCACUAGUAGUCUUGCUAGCACCAGCGUGCUGGCUCUGACCCCAACCGGCACGAGUCCCGCCCCAUCGCGUAGGCCGUCGUCCUCUGCAGCGCCCAUCGACACACUGACGCCUACACUGCUGCUACAGCGGAAACGAAACUCUGUGCCGUCCCCUGUGCCUCUGACGCCCAAGAAGAGCGACGAAUUCGCUCAUUUGUAUUCUCCGAUUCCGGUUUCAAAUCUGAAUGUCCCGGAGGCUAAUCUGGAUCUCACUGGGUCUUCCGGAUUCCGCAGGCGACGCUCGUCGAUGAAGUCGGCUGAGGGGUCCAACAAGAUACCAAGAUCAACGCGAUGA